AUGCCUCUCCUCGAAGACAAACAACCUAGAAUCAUCAUUGCCGGUGCUGGCAUCGGAGGUCUUACCACAGCACUCUCACUCCAUGCAGCAGGUUUCACAGACAUCCAUAUAUUCGAGGCAGCUUCAAAUCUCACUACGCUAGGCGUAGGCAUCAACGUCCAACCAUCUGCUGUUCUCAUCCUGAGGAACCUCGGUCUUCUGCCUGCACUCAAGUCGACAGCCAUUGAGACAAAGGAGCUCAACUUCUACAAUCGUCAUGGAGAUGCCAUUUUGAGUGAGCCUCGAGGUGAAAGUGCUGGAUACAUGGUUCCUCAAUUCAGCAUUCACCGUGGCGAGUUUCAGAUCCUCCUUCUGGAUGCCGUCAAGGAACGUCUUGGCGCUGACCGCGUGCACUUGAGCCACGCACUCGUUAGCUUCGAGCAGGAUGAGGAACUAGGAGGAGACAGCCCCUCUGGUACAAUCACAGCUCGCUUCGUACGGAAGAGCGAUCUGGCGCUUAAGCCCGAGAUCCCGGAAAUGACAGGCGAAGUCUUGAUCGCAGCCGAUGGCAUCAACAGUGUGGCUCGCAAACUGCUAUACCCGGAGGAAGGACCACCUCGCUUUUCAGGCCGUAUGCUCUGGCGUGGAUGCCAUGAGCAGGAACCCUACUUGACUGGAGCUUCGAUGGUCUGGGCUGGCCAUGCGGAUGAGAAGUUCAUUGCUUAUCCCAUCUCUGGAAACUCGAUGCGUAAUGGAAAGAGCUUGGUCAACUGGAUUGCCGAAUUACGCAUUCGUGACGAGGAUGAUCCUGAUCUCACCCCUCCGCCGGUAGACUGGACCAAGAUGGUACCUAAGUCCAAAUUCGAAGGGCCGUUCCAGACAUGGCAUUGUGGUGGUUUAAACAUGAAGCAACUCAUCGACGACACAGACAAAGUUUACGAGUUCCCUAUGAGUGACCGUGACCCUGUUCCUCGAUGGAGCUUCCGAAGCCUAACUUUGCUCGGCGAUGCAGCCCAUGCCAUGUACCCGAUCGGAAGCAAUGGUGCGUCCCAGGCGAUUAUAGAUGCCGAGGCACUUACGCAGUGCCUUCUAGACAACCCUCGCAACAUCAUGCUUGCUCUGGAGCAGUAUGAAGCCAUUCGCCUACCGGCCACUGCAAAGAUCGUCAUGGCAAACCGAGCCGGAGGGCCGGACUACGUUCUCCAACUCGCACAUGAGAGAGCUCCGGACGGAUUCGAAAACAUUUACGAUGUUGUGCCAAAGGAAGAACUGGAAGGAGUGGGCAAGCAAUACAAACUAGUUGCUGGCUUUGAGAUGGAGUCGGUCAACAAAAAGGCGCAAGAGACUGAAGGUACAGCCGAGAAGGCGGGUUUGAAGAGUCCGGUCAAGUGGACCAAUAAGAGCGGCUAA